AUGCAUGAAGCCGAAGAACAGGACACAUGCAGGAUCUGCAGCGCGCCAGCGGAGCCUGACCAGCCCCUCUUUCACCCUUGCAAAUGCUCUGGAACCAUCCGCUAUAUCCAUCAGGACUGCUUGACAACAUGGCUCGCUCAUAGCAAGAAGAAAACCUGCGAUGUUUGCAAGCACCCGUACUCAUUUACAAAGGGUACUUUCAUUCACGCGUCAAAGUACUCUUACCCUUGCUCAAUCGCGCCUUUUAUAGUUUACGCCAAUGAUAUGCCCUCUACACUCCCACCAGUGCUUUUGAUCCGGCGCUUAAUCCAACACUUUCUCUUCGGUGUACUUUUUGUGCUGCGAGCGAUAGCUGUGGCCAUAAUUUGGCUAGCAGUAUUACCAUGGGUAACAGUGUGGACCUGGCGGAUGUAUUUUUCAAUGGGUGAAUCAACCGCUUUGUGGAUAAGCGAUCAGCCACGGCCUAUACUAGAAGAAACUCCCACUCUUUAUCAGAAAGUGCCAUACGAGCCCGUCAUACCGCCGCCUAAAACCCUUCUAGCCAGGCUCACUACACAUCCGACUUGGGUCACACUCUCUGCUGACAUUUUUACUGGCCAAAUAAUCGCAUCGCUCAUCGUCCUUACUUUUGUGGCCGUAUUUUUAUUACGUGAAUGGAUUUCUCAAAACGCUCGACCCGGUGUAUUUGAGGACGAAGAACCCCUUCCAGAGGACCCUCUUCCCGUUGAGGUUCCCGAGGUGGAUCUUCUCGUACCUGUAGUGCGCAUGGAGGGAAAUCUUCUCGUACCUGUGCGUAUGGACGAACUUCCAAAUCAAUUCCUGCAAGUACCUCCAAGAGAACCAGUCCCCGCUAUUCAAGAACAUGGGAACGAUGUUGAAGCAGCAGCAAUGAAUGAAACGGAAAAUCUUGAAGGCAAUGACUGGAACCGUGACCAGGAUGCAGAUCAGCCCGCCCGGCAUCGUCGGCGAAUACAUUCUCUAGACGACGAAGACGAUGAAGGUGAGGAAGAUGGCGAAGGUUCUAGCUCGUUAACCUACGAACGAAGAAUGCAACGUCGCAGACUACGUGCAAACCGAGCAGCAAACGCGGCUCGUCGACGCAUGUUCCCGCUCCAAUCUACCCCAUCCCCAUCUUCAUCUCCCGGACCACUCAUCCUCCCAGACGAAAAUGUAAAUUUCGAAUUCACCUUCACCACUCCCCCUGUCCCGUCAACAGCAACCUCAGCAUUUCAAGAUGAAUCCCCUCAUCACAUAGAUCGUCUCCAACCGCGUAGAAGUCUCUCCGAACCACGUUGGUCUCCGAACUACUCAAUCGAAUUCAACACAGGAUCCGCAUCACAGCAAUCGUCGUUCAAUUUUCCUCCCGUUCCUUCAGAAACUGCAAGUCCAAUUCCAUCACCGAAUUCCUUCUCGUUCAAUCUACAACAACCGCCACUACUAAUCCCAAUAGAAAACCCAAAACCAUCACUUACCACGUCUGCAUCAUCAUCAAGUUUGCGCCGUCCACAACUCCCCAGUACUACUUUCAAUAUCAACGGGUCCAGAGUCGUUUCCCCACUAGGUUCUCCGAGUCUAGCUACGUAUUGUGCACCAGAGGAAUUGGAAGUGGAAGCUUGGCCAUCGGAAGAUGGAUAUUUCCAUGAUGAAGAAAGGGGUGAUUCUCAGGAUGAUUAUCAGCAGGAAGAGGCGGAACGUGUCAAUGGACGUGGUGGACCAGAGAGAAUUCGCCGCCUAGGCAAGGCCAAAGAGGAGGGAGAUGAGAUGGAGAAGGUCAGAGUGGAGACUACAGAUAUCCCUAUCGACGUUGAGGAAGAGGGUGAUGGCACAGAUUUGGGGAUUGAGUCGGAAUUUCAGAGGUACUUUGCUGAUGAGGUCGAGUUUGAGAUCGAGGCAGAAGAGAAUGGACAAGAGGCUAAGGAUGACCAUGCAUCAGGGCUGCAUGUACUCACCGACUCGUCGGACUCGGACUCAGAUGAAGACGAUGAAGAUGAAGGACCAGGGGAUGCGCAUCAUAACUUGGCGGCUCAUGGGAUGUUUGAUGACGCGGAGGAAGAAGAUGAGGAGGAGGAGGAUGGGCUUUUUGACGAUGAUGGGCAAUGGGAGGCAGUAGAACUCGAAGAUGGAGAGGAGAUACUUGGGCAGGAGGGUUUCCCCGAUGCCUUUGUUAAUGCAGAGGGUGGGGCAGGAAAUGGGGUCCGGGAUGGCAAUAACGAGGGCCUUGAAUUAAACGAGGAGGGGGAUGGGAAUGUGGAAGACGAUAUGGAGGGUGCUAUGGAAGCGAUUGGGAUGAGGGGGGCAAUUUAUGUUGUUUUCCAGAAUGCCGCACUUAUGAUUUUCGUCCUUGACACCGCAAUUGGUCUUGGCAUCUGGAUACCGUUCACAAUCGGGAAGUCAACGGCGCUGCUCUCUCUGAAUCCCCAACGUCUGAUUCGUAUCCUGCACCUCCCUAUCCGAGGAAUGAGGAUUGUGACAGAUCCCAUAGUGGACUCUGUCGCUUUCGUUCUGACUCGGUCCCUGCUGCCGCCCUUCCUCCACAUAUUGAAACUGAUUCUGAGGGUUUCGAUGUUCAUCGCAUUUACGUUCCUCCGAAAAGUGUUUGGGAAAGGGACUGCUGAUGGAGUAUCACAAUUCUCUUCUAAGCUGUACUCUCAGUCCAUAGAUUUAAUCAACAAACCGCUGGCACAACUCUCUGUCUGGACACACCCGGCCGCUGUGGAAACUGUUCUACCGACCGUUGACACUGCUGCAGACAUUCUAUUUCCAAAGUAUCUAAAGUGGGCCGAACCAUACUUUGCGACGUUCGGGAGAGAAGUUCGGCUAAACUUCACGAAAUCGAAAGAAGCUUGGAUCCGAAUGGCACUCGGGUCAGGCCCUUCAGAGAAAACGUUUGCCAUCCUCCUUGGAUACGUUGUUGUUGGUCUCUUUGUAGCACUCUACCUCAACCUCUUGACCGUUGGAAACGCGAAAACGGCCGGACGAGCCGUAAGAAGUGCAGUGCGACAGCAAUUGCUCGUUAUCAAAGUGGCUUCAUUCAUAUUUAUCGAGUUGGUCACUUUCCCGCUGGGUUGCGGCAUCGUUUUGGACCUGUGCACCGUCUGGCUGUUCCCUGAAGCGAAUCUCCAAGCUCGAGCAGUGUUUUUCUUUCAAGCACCUCUCACUGCGACAUUUUAUCAUUGGGUUGCUGGUACCAUGUUCAUGUAUACGUUUGCUGUCAUUCUAUCUGGCUGUCGCAGUAUCAUGCGCCAAGGCGCUAUGUGGUUCAUCAAGGAUCCUCAAGACGCGAAUUCGCACCCAAUCCGUGAUAUCCUGGACCGGCCGACACUUCUCCAGCUGCGUAAAAUAUUUGUCAGUGGCAUUUUGUACUCAUUCGUGGUUGCAUGUGUCGUUGGAAGCGUGGCCGGGUUGUUAGUUUUGGGCAACAAAUCGAUCAUGCCUUUCCGAUGGAAAAACCGGGAGCCCUUGUCCAAUGUCCCAAUUGAUCUUCUGUUUUUGCAUCUUGUUCUUCCUCAUACGAUGCACUACUUCCGACCGAAGCGAGCGACGAAGAAUCUGACAACAGUGGUCUGGAAGUACCUCGCCAAAAAACUGCGUCUGACAUCCUACUUUUUUGGUGGACGUCACUCAGAAGAAGAACGCACCCCGAAUCACUGGACCAAGUGGUUAUCACCAGCGUCUGAAGAAACAAGUACCCCUGACGGUUCCUUCAGAAGAGUUCCAGCCACCGACAAUGUUGCACUUCCUCGUGAUUUCCGGGCAACUGCAGACGUCACAGAGGACGGCAAACCCCUCGACGAUGCCUCUGCUCGCGUAAUGCAGAUCCAAGAUGGAGAAGCCGAAAAGGCCAAGAGGAACAUCCGGGAUGACUAUAUGAUCGUUUAUAUCCCACCACACUUCCGCCAACGUGUGAUAUCCUUCAUCGCUUUUCUAUGGGUUAUUGGUGCAAUUUCGCUUGGAGUCAUGGUUGCACUUCCCAUCCAACUUGGAAGAAGCUUUUUCAAGCUGUUCACAAGUCGUGAAUUGCACGAUGGAUACUCGCUCAUUGUUGGGUUUUAUCUCUUGUGGGGUUGCUAUCUCGUGGGUAAAGCAAUUGACAAACUGGACAAGAGACGCCAGCGCGCGAGGGUAGCUACCGAUGCCCCGCGAGGUGAUUUGCGAGUUCUGGUGAUCAAGCGCGGUUUAGUCUGGGUUGCGAAAGUCCUGUACAUGGGCUUCUUCCUCGGCAUCAUCAUCCCCAUUUUGGUUGCCUUUGUUGUGGACUUGUAUAUCAUUUUGCCCAUUCGGUUCUCGUUGGAUCCAUCGAUGACUCCGAGAAUACGCGUCGUCGAUACUUGGGCUCUGGGUCUGUUAUAUGGAAAAAUUGCGCUCCAUGCUGUUCGAAUUCAGCCACCGAAUCGAAUAACUCAAGGGUUCCAGCACAUAACAAUGAACGGUUGGAUUCGACCCGACCCCGUUACAGCGACGAAAGAAGUUAUUGGUCCGCUAACGGGUGGUUUAUUGGGUAUGAUCCUUUUCCCGGGCGCCAUCUUUCGAACCCUUCAAUAUCUUCUACCUCAAAUGCCGGUGGACAACAAAUUCGUUUUCAUGGUGGUUUAUCCCUCGAUAUUUAUGUUCGCUGGACUUAUCAGGUCGUCUGUGGUGCUGUACGGUCUCUUAUCGUCAUGGUCUCAAGCCAUUCGAGAUAAGGAGUUCUUGGUGGAGCUUCGGCUGCGGAACCAUGACCCGGAUAAGGUAGAUAUGACGCUUGAAGACGAAACAGCAGUCGGAGCGGAAGUACCGCAAUAAAUUUGUACUUUAUCUUGAGCUCGCAUAUAAUAUACUCACAAGUUCAAGUA